CAUCAUCGUCCUUUUAUUAGGGUAUCAUCAUAUACACAGAAAAAAAUGCCUAAGAGAUUUCCCCAUGUUUUCUCCAACAAAAAUUUGUUCAAACACCUCCAAUCAACUACUCCUAUAACUGUUAUAGUUAGUAGCAGUGGAUUCUGCAUCCCAAAUGCAGAUGCUCAAGUGCAUACUCAAGGUGGUGACUCAAUUGUGGGAGCAGCAGCAGAAGGGGCAGUGAAUGCAACAGAGGCGGCGGAGAAUGUGGGAGAAAGGGCGAAAGAGACGGUGAAUGCAGCAAAGAAGACUGCAGAAUGUGUUGCAGAGUCAACCAUGGCUGAGGCUGAUACCAAUGUUGUGGACACUGCUGAAUACAGAUGCUCUGAGGAUUUGGGGGGCCAUCUUGGAGAUGGCCAUGAUAGUUAUAGUUGAAUAUGACACUGUAGCUAAGAGUUUAUGGAAUCAUAUGUGCUACAUUAACCUAUGUAUUAAAUUUUAACCCCUAUGGUUUUUGCUCUUUGACUUCUAAGAUAUUGUAGUAAUAUAUAAAACCUUGAAGAAAACUUGAUGUUA